CGGCUUGUGGUCGGAACUGUUCGGUUUGUUGUUAUGCUGCAAAGCGCGCGCGCUCGGUUAUGUCGUGCAACAUUUUCGUAGUGAUCGUGUGCCGAACGGGGGGUCCCCGGCAGUGCAGCAUUGCGAACACAAGUGUUCACCUCAAGGUGAAGGAUGUUUCGAUUCUCGUAUGUUUUUUUUUAUCAUUUAUUUUAUUAUGCUGGGGAGUGUGUGCGUCUAUGCUAGAGUAACAUUCUGCCGGCAGGAGAAGUGUUUUCAGUCGAACGUUGGACAUCGGAAUAAGCGGAUGUAUUUUUGUGAUCCGUUUGCACUCGUCAAGCAGUGAGUUGUUGGGGAUAUUUCGUGUGGCAGGAAAGUGACUUUCGGCUUGUUUGAAUUUCGGCCAACUGAGCACAGGUCAUUUCGGCCCUAUUUAAUUGCGGUGUGUCACGUCUCGUAUUAUUGAGUGGCGGAGAAUUUCGCAGAAAGUUAUCCGCUACUGUUGCUGAACAGAUGUGGGAAUUGAAGUAUUGGUGAUUUAAAACUUCACUUCGUCCUGUGAUACUUUUUUGCACCGGCUUCAGGGCAACACAAAACGACUGAAGUGUUCCAUGUAAGUGUCGUGCCGGUGGCCAUUUAAAUACUGCCGCAAGCACACUCAAGGAAAACCUUCAACUCCCAGCUGUUUCGAGUCGCGUUCUUUGUCAGACUGUGAACUCGUUUGGUAGUGUAGUCAGUUGAUGCGAGAAAAUAACCCGGGAAAUGUGAAAAGCAACGGAUAAAAUCGGUAUCAAAAAAAAAUUCUCUCGCUUGUGUAUCAUUGGUGUCGAUGGAAACGGCUGAAAUAACAGUGUGUAUCGGUGAAAAUUUGUUUUGAUAAAUUGGAGUGUGCAGGUUUUGGCUGCCACGGUUGGUAUUCUAGUUCGUAUCCAGUAGUCUAUACCACCAACGGCUGUGAGUACCUGUGGAAAUGAUAAAAUUAGAAUGGCAUCAAAUUGUAACAACAAAGUGAACAACAAUUGAAGCAGCAAAUUUUGGUUUCGUUUCUAUUGGAACGAAUCACGCAAAUUCAGUGAGUGUGAGUAAGUGUGAAUUGUAGCUUGUGUAGUAAAAAUAGCUUGCGUGAGCUCACGCCGCCGCGGGCAAGACAAGUGAUGUUUAUUCAAUUUCCAUCGCACGUGUGUGUCAUCAUCGCAUCGGUAUAGGAGAUCUCGAGCCGUACACACCGGGCUCCGUGCGUGCCGAAAGGCAACCUUCCAUAAUCCCACAAAUUCGCAGCCACCUGAGGACUCCCUCAAAAGCCGGGAAAGUGUUUCCGUUCUUCGUACCUACUACCAUCGACGGAGCCGGCGCCUGUGGAAGCAGAAUGGCAAUCAUGGAUAAAUUUAGCGCCAUAAAAAUUGGAUUAUUCUGUUUACUUUUUGGAGUGUGUUCGUCGGUGAAGAUUACGAGCCUAAAAGUGCCAUCCACCUACCUGCUAGAUAAGAAUUCCAAGAAUCCGGACCCGCUGAUACUGGACUGUGAGUAUGAAGUUGACGAGAACGAGAAAGGAUUUGUGCUGAAAUGGUUCCUAGAUGGACAGCCUGUGUAUCAGUGGAUACCGACCAAAAAUCCCUUUCCCUUUCAAGCCUUCAAGAAUCGUGUCGAUACCAGCUACGUCGUGUCGCAAGAGCGGUUGCACAGGCAUCGGGCGAUGGCCAUCAUCAAACCUCUGGCCAACUUUACCGGAGAGUACGCUUGCAUGGUUCAAACGUUCGCUUCGAUUGACCGGAAGUCAGCCAAGCUGAAAAUCAUCGUUCAAGAGUCCAAGUUUGAUCUCAACUACUACCUAAACGGGGAUGGCUACAUUACGGUCGACUGCCAUGCACGGGACAUUUCACCGCUUCCGGAACUGCAGAUUCGGAUCAACGAUAAAUUAUUCGAAACGCAAAAGCUCAAGUCGGUGCAGGGUGAGAAUAAUUUGUAUAACGUGUCCAUCAGUGGCAGCAUACCGAAGGAGGAGCUUGAAAGUCCUACCACGAUCGAGUGCUUCCUAAUGGUGCCGGAGACCACCUACACCAAAAAGCGUUCGACGAUUUAUUACGCGCGCAAAACUAAAACUAACACUAAACCGCUUCCAGAAUCUCAUCUGAGAACCACAACCAGCACAGUAGCAACCACCACGAUCGUUGGCAUGCUGCAAGCGGCCCCGGAAAAUUUGCUGAAAAAGGCCGAGCCAAACGGAACGAUAGCUGAGGGCAACCAGGCAUUGAAUGACACCGACGGGAGCAGUGCAACGGCGUUACCGGUUCAGAUGCGCUCUACUUCAGGCCUGAUAGCGACACUGUUGACGAUUGUCCUCAUCUUCACGUCAACGUUGUUGUAGAUGAACUUUCGGCAGUACACCGAUGAAGUGGAGAUUCGUGAUCGAUAUUUGCAUAUACGUUUUGUCCAUACAUAGAUAAGCAUUGAAAUGAGAACAAUGUAGCAUACAGGCUACCCUUUUGAUAGGAGAAAGCGAAAACACCCCCCGAAAAUACUGUGGAUUCGAGUGGACGAACGUUCGGAUGGCGAGUGUUUUGUGCGCAGAAAAUGAUGUGUAGAUAUCGUAGGAUUCGCGUCGUUGUGUUGCAGGCUGUUGAAUCGAAACGCAAGGAAUAGGACUAUUCGAAGCGUUUUUCUGGGGAACACUUAACUCCCCCAAGAAGUGCUCGUUAGUCAAUAGGAGGUCCUACACGGCUUCGGCUCCCGUAGUCGUGCAUAAGUGUUAAAACGUGCUAGUUUUUUAUUGAUUAACAUCUCUCUGUAUAAUAGAGUUUACGUUUUUAUCGCAUUCAUUGUUUAAGCCCUAAGCAGAUUUCACUACUUGUUUUAAACUCCCGAUACCAAAGCUUAAUAACCAAACUGUAAUCAUCUCGAUACCAAAAUAAGCAAACUCAAAGAGGGUAUGAAACGCUAAAUAGUCAUUCGAGAGUAAGUAGUUGAAUGUUUUAUAUAGAUUUUUUAUAUGUGUAUAACGAAAACCCGUCUCAUCAAACUGUCUCUAUACCCAGAGAAGAUCCAAUUUUUCAAUGUCACCACAAACGAUCCUUAAAUUCUCAAUCGCGUCAGGGGAACAGCUCGCGAUAAGGUAACAACUAAAGAAGAAGAAAAAAAAACAAGCAGAGAAAACAAUUGCGAACAAUUAUUGAUGUAUUUUACAACAAAAGGAAGGAAAAUAUGAUGCCUUAUGAAAUAUAUAUUAAACAUACUUUUUUAUGACACCCGAGAAUUGUGGACGCAAGAAAAUGCAUUGAAGGAAAUUACCAAAAUUAUUACUACGUAAGCAAAACAAAACGGUGAUAAUUUUCAAAAAAUUAUCCCGUUCAGUGUUCUAAAAAAAGCGGAUACAAGAAGCCGUCACUGGGCUGAGGAGGAUACACUAAGAUGGAGAACAAACAUAUGCAACUCUAUAUAUAGUCAUACUAAAUUUAUAUAUUUAAAAGCACUAGACUAAGCGGAAACGAAAACAAAAAUCGAAGAAAAUACAACCAAUUAGCAAAAAAACGCCUGUUUAAUCCGAUACAAUUUGCAGCCAGUUCUAUAAGUAUGUAAAAAUCAACAGAUAAAGAACACUUAUUUUUCGGUUUUUGUAAAACAAUAGCGAAAAAUUACCAUAAUGUCUGAAAUAAAAGGGGAGUGAUAUUCGAGAUAUACAAGUAA